AUGGCCAAUACUCAGAAUGAUGCCCACCAGGGAUCAGAUGAACCACAUCAUCCCUGCAUUUCGCCACCAGAGACGCCUUAUCCUAAUGGGAUCCUCUUCCGACAAGUGAGCGUCAUCGAUGGUGAGGAAACGGAAGGAGCAACGCGUUUGAGAGCGGAUGUACUCAUCAACGAUGGCGUUAUCAGCGCAAUACAUCGACAUGAGGCGGCAGAAACGUCGCCAGAAGCGGAUCUGUGCGACACGGAUAUUUACGGAGACGAGGAGAUUCUCAAGGUGGAUGCGAGUGGUCUCGUUCUAUGUCCACAUGUCGCAACAUCCUCGACGAGCAUCUCGACCACAGUGUUAAGGCAGGGCCUUCGACAUAUCACCUUUCCGGUUCUUGAAUACAACCAACCGUACGCCCCGCACCAUACCGACUCCUCGGCCUUCAACUACGACUCACCGCUGACGCUAAAGGACUAUCAAUGGCCUAGCUCUUUAACAGCACUAUGUUUAGAUGUCCUACCAGAGAAUAACACCGACUUGCGCAGUCCGCUUGGGAAUAUAUCAAGUCUGGUGGUCCGAAAGAUGGUCUACAUUUCAGGAGACGAGGUGUUAAAUAUCGGCCUCGGGCUAAACCUUCGACAUUUCGACUGUCGAUGGCACUUUUACGACGGAGAGGCAGAUGGCCAAGCGAAAACUCUCACGUCGAUCCGCAACUUUAUCACGAUGCUCUCCAGUCUAGAAUCACUGGCGAUAGGGAUCGAGUAUUCUAAACGAGACAAAUACAAGAGUUUCCGUAUGACCCCACAUAUCCUUGAAGAAUAUAUCGGCAUUAUAAAGAAACUCCGGCGUCUUCAUGCAAUCAAAAUCUAUACAUUCCAAUUACGAGCAGACGAUUCCAAUCCCACAUUCGAGAAGUCGGUUAUCCUCCGCCUUGCAGGUGCCUGCCCGACCCUCGAGCAGGCAUUGCCUUCAUUUGGAAACGGUGUAUACGCGAGAAGCUAG